UAUUCUGUCAUUUUUCAUUAUAUUUUUUAAGUUUGUUUGCGCAUGCGGAAUAUCCCAGGGGGCGGGUCUGUUUAGCGCGAAUGUUUUGUUUUCUGCUCCGGCAAAAUGGGUCUGAUGAGCUAACACGGACAGCUACGACGGCAGCAGUUUCUCUGACAGAGUCAUGGGGAACACAAGUAGUGAGAGGGCUGCCAUGGGCCAGGGGGAGAAGGCUCAGCGGAGGGACAGCCGAGGUACCAAGGAGGGAGAGAGGCCCAAAAUCCUGAUGGACAGCCCUGAGGAUGCCGAUAUUUUUCAUGGGGAAGACAUGAAGGCUCCUUUAGAAAAAGAGGAGUUCCUUGCAUGGCAGCAAGACUUAGAAGCAGAUGACAAAGGGCCAACUUUAGACCGACCAACAGUCUUUCGCUGGACAGGGGAUGGCAAGGAGGUCUACAUCUCGGGUUCCUUUAACAACUGGGCCAACAAGAUUCCCCUCACUCGAAGUCAGAAUACCUUUGUGGCCAUUGUUGAUCUUCCUGAAGGAGAGCAUCAGUACAAGUUUUAUGUUGAUGGCCAGUGGACCCACGACCCAUCUGAGCCAGUUAUCACGAGUCAGCUUGGGACGGUCAACAAUGUCAUCCAGGUGAAGAAAACUGACUUUGAGGUGUUUGAUGCUCUAAUGGUCGACUCGCAGAAAUGCUCUGACAUGUCAGACCUCUCCAGCUCUCCUCCAGGGCCGUAUCAUCAGGAUGCCUAUGUUCCCAAACAAGACGAGAAGUUUAAGUCUCCACCCAUACUCCCACCUCACCUGCUGCAGGUCAUCCUCAACAAAGACACUGGAAUUUCUUGUGACCCUGCACUACUCCCAGAACCCAACCAUGUCAUGCUCAAUCACCUCUAUGCUCUUUCCAUUAAGGAUGGAGUGAUGGUGCUCAGUGCAACACAUCGCUACAAGAAGAAGUAUGUCACCACCUUAUUAUACAAGCCCAUCUGAGUGAAGGCUGACUUUUUAAUCCCAUCCUGCUGUGUUAACUGUACACUGAGUGUACAAAAUAUUAGCUCCUUCUGUUCUUUCCAUAGCAAAGAGUGAACAGGUAUACUCAGGCCAAAAGAGUUUCACCUUUGAAAUCCACAUGCUGACUUUAAGAUUAACACACAGGGUCCAGGAAGACAAUGUGGGACCACUUUGGUUCUUUUCAAAACUUGGAUCUUAGGACAACCUAAGGCAAAGAGCCAGCUCUGAGAUUAUAUUUUGUACACUCACUGUAUAUGCAGUUAUUGUGCACAUUUGUUUAGGAUGAUAAAUAUCACUCAGUUGCUCCAGUCCUAUAUAAUCUGCCUUUAUUUCACUGAUUGCCCUCUAGUUUUCAUCAACACUAUCUUUGCUUAGUAGACAUAGGGAGGCAAAAAUAAUGAGGUAGGACACUGUGACAUGUCUGUAAUAAGAACAGACAUAAACAUAAUGAAGAGGACUGGUCAUGCUGGGAACAUCUUGCUGAAAGUCUUCAGUUGCAUGAGACUGCUGUAGUUUCCCAUGAUUGAGAAGACAGCAGCAGGAAAAUCAAGAAUGAAUGUUAAGAUGAGACAAGGAAAAAAUGCACUGCAGUAGGUCUCCACUGUUUUCAUAUGCUUGUUUAUUUUGAGAAAUUGUUAUUUAAUGUUAACCACACAACACACAGUAGAUAUUUUCUUUUAAGUAUUCAGUAUUGUAUUUCUAUCUACUUUCGCUGAUGAUGUGGUUUGUUUGGUUGUCAGAAACUCUCUUGCUGUAGAUAAUUGUGGUAUUGUGGUCAAGACUAUUCAGUCGAGACCAAAACCACCAACAAGCUGUUUUUUGAGAAAUGAAUUUUGUCUCAGUUUAGAAUUACCCUAUUAGUUUUGCACUAUGAUAAUAAACAUUUCUUUUUAAAUUAUUUUUGCACCUACAUCAUGACAGUGUAUCAGAAGAAUAAUGCUUAUCACCCUUUUAAAUGUCUAAGCAGGUUUGAUGGUCUUCACAAUGAUAUACAUUUGCACAAGAAACAUGAAAGCGUAAACACAUUCCAAAAAUUAAGAGUCACGCCUGGCUUAGUAAGUAUGGCAGUAUUGGUUUGUGCCAUGGAGCACUGCCAAUCUUUAGUAGCAGUAUUAGAGUCUAUAAAAUGAUGUUCAUGGUUGAUAAGAAAAGAUAUGUAUAACAGGAAAGGUCACAAGAAAAAACAUGAAGUGAAAGACCAACACUGACUUGAAGAAACAUAAUGCUAAUGAAGGAACAAUUGAAGUGUGGCUGAAUUUUUCUAGUUGUACUAAAAAACACGUACUGUUAAUGGCCUUGAGUCUAAAGAAUUAGAUUGUGUUUUAAGUUAAAUUAAGUGUAUGGCUUGUAGCAUCUAUUUGCAUCCAUAUACCACUGUCAGAUAUGGUAUCUUUAUAUAAUUCUCUAACAAAUGAGACUAUGUUAAUUAUUUUUGUUCUGUACUAUAGGCCAGUAGAAGCUGACAAUCUUCUCAGUGAUGGUCUCAUAUGUUUGUGUUGCUUCUGCUGUUGCGUCGGAACUAACAUGAAGAAGGAAAACUUAAACUGACGUGAAAAUGCUGUACUUUCAAAUAAAUUGCGGUAUCAUGAAAAAAAAAAUUUGACCCUUUGAACCUUGCUGACAUGUCUACAGUUUCCAUUUUAGAUAUAUUUUUUUUUAUUAUUAAAGAUUAAGUUACAAAUUCA